GAUGGGAAAAAAUAACAGGAACAGUGAUUUAUAACAGUUAUUACUCUAGUAGCAAUAACAAGCUGUUACUUGAGGAAAAAAAUAACUGUUACGAUUAUUUGAGUUUUAAAUUUGGUCUUACUGACUCCGUGUUAUAUACUGUUACUGCUAUACCGCUGUUAUUGUUUGUUAAACCUGUUAUUAGUAUUGUAAACUGUUAUUAGUUGUUAUCUUGUUAUUUGAUUAUACCAGUUAUACUUGUCGUUAUUGAUAUUUGUGAAUUUGUGAUAAUUGUUAUAAAAUUGCUACUUAGUAACAGUAUCAAUCAUGAUUAAUAUUCAAUAAUAACAGUAACUGUUAUUUUCACUGUUAUUUUUCGAGUAACAAUAACAGUUUGUAACAGUUACAAAAAUUGAUAACAAGUUGCCAUCACUAAAACAAACCUAUAGAAAAUUACAUGGCCAUGAGUUCAUGACGUCACGUUGAAGUUAUCGAUUUAUGAGUUACAGCGGAGCGUAAACCAAUCAAGAUCAGUUAAGAUGUUCAUUUGUGAAACAUUUAUCACAAUUAACUGAAAAACAAGCAGAACUUAUGAGGAAAAAGUUGCCUCAAAAACGUCCAAUUAAUGGUGUGAACCACAUAAUAUUGGUUGCAUCUGGUAAAGGAGGUGUUGGCAAAUCAACAACAGCUGGUAAACUAAUUAAAAUUUAUAUAAAUGUAUACUGCAUAGUAAAUCUAGCAACAGCUUUAAAAUGUGUUGCACCUAACAAAGAUGUUGGAUUAUUGGAUGCUGAUGUAUUCGGUCCAUCUAUACCAUUAAUGAUGAAUUUACAUGAAACCCCUUUAAUUAAUAAUGAUAACCUUAUGGUACCUCUCAUUAACUAUGGGGUUAAGUGUAUGUCAAUGGGUAACUUGAUAACUGAUCAAUCGGCAGCCAUUUGGAGAGGACUUAUGGUUAUGGGAGCCAUUGACAAAUUAAUUAGAGGUGUUUCCUGGAACCAUACAGAUUACCUAAUAGUGGAUACACCUCCAGGAACAGGAGAUACACACUUAUCACUUGCUCAAAAUCUUCCAAUAAGUGGUGUGUUAAUUGUUACUACUGGUCAAAAGGCUGCUCUUGGCGUGACCAGGAGAGGUAUAACAAUGUUUAAAAAAUUAAACAUUCCUAUAUUGGGAAUAGUACAAAAUAUGAGUACUAUGAAAUGUUCAAAAUGUUCACAUGAAAAUUUUAUUUUUGGAGAUAGUGUUCAAGAGUUGGCCAUUCAAGAAAAAAUUGAUACAUUAUUUUCUAUACCUUUGGAUCCUAAUAUAACUAAUGGUUGUGAUUCUGGUCAGCCUAUUGUCAUUACUCAUCCGGAAUCCUCACAAGUUAAAAUUUACAAGAGCUUAGCAGAAUAUUUGAUUAAUUCGUUAGGUAAUGUCACUAAUAAGUGAUGUACAUAUUGUGUAAUAUUUAUGACCAUACACCUAUUGAACAUUUAUUUUAAUAUAUUAUGAUUAUAUUAUUGUUUAAAUAUAUAAAUAUGUAAAAUAUAUAAUAAACUAAAAUCCAGUUAUA